UACGGAAGCGAGGGCGACGUCAAUGGCGCUCCUCCGAGCCGGCGAUCCUCUUCUUGUCCCUUUAAAUGUCCCUUCCGAUCCCUUUUUCAAUCCUCUACGAGCCUGCAAUCUACGAUCGAGCAAUGGAUGCGGGGUUCUCCCGCGGGAAGCAGCCUUCCGUCGUCGGCAGCGAAGUGAUCAGUGAGCGCGGCGGCGCCGGGCCUUCUUCCUCCAUUGACCCAACUCUCGGCGUCCGUCUUUUGUUCCUCGCCUGCGAGGGUAACCUCGCCGGCAUGGAGGAGAUGGUUGCCGCCGGCGCCGAUGUCAACUACCGGGACAUGAACGGCCGGACCGCCUUGCACAUUGUCGCCUGCCAGGGUUCCCUCGCCGUCCUCGAUUUUCUGCUGAAAAAUGGUGCUUUCGUCGACGCGGAGGAUCGGUGGGGUGGUACGCCACUAGCAGAAGCAUUACGUUGCCAAAAUGAUGAAGUAGUCAAGAUUUUGAAGGAGUAUGGUGCAAAGACACUGAUUGCUUCUAUGAAUGCAUACAUUGCUGCUAUGGUUGCUGAAUUUGAGAUUGACCCCAGUGAUAUUGAUUUAGAAAAAAGUGUUGACACAGCUGAGGAAAAGACUGUACCAGCAAAAUGGCGUGCACUUCCUGUCAUUGUUAAAAAGUUCAGUGAAGACACAAUAACUGAUGUUGACAAAUUAAGGGCAUUUAGAGAUGAAGUUGCAGUGCUUCGACAAAUACGACAUCCAAAUAUUGUCAUCUUCUUCGGUGUUGUUACUCAAAGCCAUCCAAUGAUGAUUAUCACAGAAUAUUUGCCUAAGGGUGACUUGUGUGAAUAUCUCAGACAAAAAAAAUCUAUAAAACCAUUAUUAGCAGUUCGAUUUGCACGGGAUAUUGCAAGAGGUAUGAACUACUUACAUGAGCACAAACCAGAAGCUAUAAUCCAUCGUAAUCUUCAACCAGUAAAUAUUUUAAGGGAUGAUUCCAUGCAUUUGAAAGUUGCAAACUUUGGCCUCAGCAAGAUGUCAAAAAGGUCCGAGACUCUAAAAGAGGAAAGACCAUUUUCAUCUCUAGGCAUCACUUGCAGGUAUAUGGCACCGGAAAUUUAUUUCAAUGAGGAGUACAAUACAAAAGUAGAUGUCUUCUCAUUUUCUUUGAUUUUACAAGAGAUGAUUGAAGGAUGCCCUCCUUUUCCUAGCAAACAAGAAUUGGAAAUUCCAAAAGCCUAUGCAGAAAAUAUGAGACCACCUUUCAGAGCAUCAACAAAGUUGUAUGCUUAUGGAUUAAGAGAGUUAAUUGAGCAUUGUUGGAGGAGAAAUCCUGCUGAUAGGCCAACAUUUAGAGAGAUUAUUCGACAGUUGACAGCUAUAGAAGAUAAACUUCACAGAUUAAAAAAUAAGGUAGGACUACUGAACUGUCUUCAUAAAUCUAUCAUUUGCAAGACAGAUAGUGCAAGCGAUUCAUCCAAUGCAUCCAGUAGAAAUUCAUCUCAUCAGGUUUUGGUAGAUGAUCUUGUUCACAGGCUGAUGGUUAAUCUAGAACAAGGGAGCUGGCAUAUCGGACUCUAAGAGGAUAACUUAAUCAUGGAUUAAGGUAGCUCAUCAAAAAGCUGAUAAUUUGAGUCCUUUUUAUACUAUCGAAGAAGAUAGAGAAGGCUGACAAAUUGAGUAAUUUUAUAGUAUGAAAGAGCAUAGAGAGAACAGGCAAGGCUUCUUAUCCACUCCACUGUAAUGUUUUAACUCUGACAAGAAGUUAUAGUUGCAAAUGCCAAAUGAAAUGGGUCGACAUGGCUAAUAGAAGUCUGGCAAAGUUUGAACUACAUUCAGUAGAACUGCUAGAUAUUGAAAAUUCCCAACUUUAUAAGCAAAUUGAUCAUAGUCAUCAGUAUACUAUGCAGUCCUAUGCAAUGCCAAAACUUCUUAGCACAAAUGUUUUGUGAACUCAAAGAACAACUGAAGGGAGAAGUCAAAUUACCGUGC